AUGGAGGGCGAAGGCAACGCCAGCUCUGGAGGACCAGCACUUCCACUAGCAACGCCUGCUAUGGCACCUCAAACCCCAGCAGCACAGCCACCAACCUCCACAGAUGCCGCUCCCGCCACACCUGACAGCACUCCCAGGCCUCCAAUAAAGCCCUAUGAGUCUGCUGCUGCCGCAUCAGGUAGCAGCGCUGCCAGCGUUUCCGAGCCUUUUGUCCCGAAGCAGCCGGUUCGGGAGGACAUGGUUCGGCAGGCCGUGAGCUUCCUCUCCAACCCUAAGGUCCGGAGCUCCCCGGUGCGGUUUCGCCGAGCCUUUCUGGAGCGCAAGGGCAUGUCAGCUGAGGAGAUUGACGAGGCUUUUCGCCGCUGCCCGGACCCAUCAACAGGGUCAGAGGACGUGGAGGUGGGCUCGUCUUCCCAGCCCCUCCCUGCUGCUCGCAAGGCCCCUGCUGCCACUGCUGCCACUGCCACUGCUGCAGAGCCAGCUGCUGCUGCCGCUGCCGCUCCUCCUCCUGCUGCUGCGGUUGCUCCUGGUCCGCAGCAGCAGGCACAGGCACAGGCACAGCAGGCGUUUUCAUGGACCAAGCUGGCAGUGGCUCUGGCUGUUGUGGGGGCAGGCACUGCCGGCACUGCUGCUGUUGCAAAGCGACUCGUGCUCCCACGCCUCAAGACCUGGCUUCAGGAAACUGCAGCACAGGAAUCGUCCAAGAAAGGCAAGCGCCGAGGCAAGCAGGCAGCAAAGAAGAGCAGCAAGGGGAAGAAAGCAAGCAGGCGACGAGGGCAGGCUACUGACCCAGACAAGCUGGAGGAGGAACGGGAGAAGGAGGGGGCGGAAGAGGAGGAGGGGAGUGGUGACAGCAGCAGUAGCUCUGGCAGCAGGAGUGAGUCAGAGAGUGAGUCCGAGACAGGGGAUUCAGAGAGUGAGGAGGAGAGGGGGAAGGGGAGGAGGGGAAAGGGAAGGCGCGGUGGAGGGAGGAAAGGGAAGGGGAAGGAGAGAGAGGGGGGAGGGAGGAGGCGAGGCAGGAGGGAGGGAGGCAGCAGGGAUGAGUCACAGGCGGCACUGUUGCGAGCCCUAGAAGCCAUGACUGCAGAGGUGCAGCAGCUCAAGGCCGCCAAUGCUGCUGGCUCUGCUGGUGCUUCCGGUGCCGGUGCUGUGGGAGCAGCAGCGGCUGGCAUUGCUGCUGCGGGCUCAGACAUGCGCUCUGCCCUGGCAUCUCGCCAGCCCACCCAGCAGCAGCAGCGCAGCGACGCACCCUACUCCCAGCCCUACUCGGCUCAAUCCUACUCCCCCCAGCCAUAUUCCGCCCAGCCGUGGCGCCCGUCUAGUGCCCCCGCGCCCUCUUCAUCCUCUGCUGCUCUGGGCGCCGGUGGCAGUAGCACUGCGACUCCUGGCGCGCCUGGUGUCGGAUCUGCUAGUGCAGCCGCAUCCGACGGCCCUCCCCAUCCCAAGUCCUUUUACGAGGACAUCAACGACAAGCCCCCCAAUCCCGAGCAGCCCCCUACAGACUCCCGCCUAGCACGCCCCCUCAAGCCCUGGGAGUCUGGAGCAGCACAGCAGGGACCUGGCAGCACCGCACCAACAGCAGCAGUACCAGCAAGAGGAGCAGCAGGAGCGGCAGCAGGAGCGGCAGCAGGAGCAGCAGCAGGAGCAGGAGGAGGGGGGUUCCCAGUGGGGGGUCAAGCAAGCAGGCCACUGUCUGCUGGCAUGAGCUCUGCUAACCCGCCCUACCCACCCAACCAGCCAUACCCGUACGGACCGAACCAGCCUUACACAGCCAGCCAGCCGUACCAAACCAGUGCCCCGUACACGACUAACCAGCCGUACCAAGCCAAGCAGCCUUACCAAACCAACCAGCCUCACCAGCAGCAGCAGCAGCAGCAACAGCAGCCAUACCAGCAGCAGCAGCAGCAGCAGCAGCAGCAGUUUGGGCAACCGUCUGCUUACAACCAGGGCGCCAUGGGCUCAGCGUAUGGUGCUACUAACGGGGGUGAUUAUAACGGAGGGAUGGGCUAUGCUGGUGUGAGUGGUGGUGCCGGUAACGGCUCUGUGGAUGAUGCUCCCUGGUCCCGCCGCCCGCCUGCCACGUCAUCAUCAGCUGCUGCUGCUGACUCAGCAGCCGCAGCCGCUGCUUCUGGAAUGUUCUCCGAUUCUCCCAGGGGAGAAGCAUCAGGGGGUGCAGCGGUGGAGACAGCAGGGGGGCCACCAGGAGUCUCAGGUGUCCCAUCAGGUGGACCAUCAGGGGGCGCAUCAGGUGGAGGGGGGUGGAGGCCGCCAGCCCUGCUGAAGCCAGUGCUGCCAGAAGCAGCCACAGCCAUCCGCCAGUGGCCCGCUGCCAGAGCCCCUAACUACUGGGGCGGCCCCGCUGCUGACGCCCCUGCCGCUGCUGACCCGGCUGCUGGUCCUCCGGUGAUUGAUGUUCCCUCUGGGCCUGCUCUGGUGCUGGGAGGGCUGCAAUCCAACAAUGGCAACGGUGAGGUGGCAGAGAUGGGGAGUGCCGGAGCAGCAUCAGAGGGAGUGAGUGCAGCACCAGAGGUCUUGCUGCCUUCCCCCUCCGCUUCCGCUCCCGCUCUCCCCGCCUCGCCAGCUCCGCCUUCUCCUCUGACCCGCCCUUGCUCCGGUCUCCACGUGCAUUCCCUUUCCCGCGCGCGUUCCUCCGAAAGCGCCCCGCCGCCGCCCUCCCCGCCACAUCGAAGCCCUUACGCGACUCACCCGCAUUACGCGCAACACGUGCCGUUCCCCUUGCCCUUCCGUGCUGCAUGCCGCGCGCUUUACGAUUUCCGGUGGGUAACCGUGCGCUCAGCAGUUGCGGGGGAUGCGGGGAAUGCAGGGGAUGCAAGGGGAACGAGCGGGGGGCAGCACCGCGAAACGAGCGCGCGCGUGGAUUCCCGCGGGUCAGCGGAAGGCGGGGUCGCGAGUUCGGACGCGCGGGGGAGAGCGGAAGCGGAGAAUGGGGUUGGGGCGCCAGCGGGCGCGGGGUUGCAAUCUCCUGCUGCUGUUGAAAUGUCCGCGGAUUGCCAAGCCGGGGAGAGGGGGAAGGGGGACUGGGCGGAGGCGAGCGGGGGAGCGGGGGGGCUGGAAGAGCGGAGAGGAGGGGGGACGAACCCUGGGGAGCCCAUUGCAGGUCCUGCUCUGGUGGCGGAUUUUGAAGCGUGUGAGAGGGAGCAGGCAGCGUGUGUGGUGGUGGGCGCGGGGGUGGUGGGGCGGGAAGGGGAGAAAGUCGAGCCCCUUACCCGUUCUGCAAUGCCCGUGGAUUUCGAGGCGCAGGAGAGGGAGCAGGCGGAGUGUGUGGUGGUGGGCGCGGGGGUGGUGGGGCUGGAAAAGGAAAGAGGCGGGGGAGCGGAGACUGGCAGUUUCAGGCCAGGCCUCUUUACUCCUCGCACGCGUAUGCCUUCCUCCCCCUUCCUCUCACUUCCCCACACCCCCUUAACCCAUACCCUCCUCACACACCCCCACACCUGGUGCCCCUUUCCUCCCUCCAACUCACCUUUCCUCCCUCCAACUCACCUUUCCUCCCUCCAACUCACCUUUCCUCCCUCCAACUCACCUUUCCUCCCUCCAACUCACCUUUCCUCCCUCCAACUCACCUUUCCUCCCUCCAACUCACCUUUCCUCCCUCCAACUCACCUUUCCUCCCUCCAACUCACCUUUCCUCCCUCCAACUCACCUUUCCUCCCUCCAACUCACCUUUCCUCCCUCCAACUCACCUUUCCUCCCUCCAACUCACCUUUCCUCCCUCCAACUCACCUUUCCUCCCUCCAACUCACCUUUCCUCCCUCCAACUCACCUUUCCUCCCUCCAACUCACCUUUCCUCCCUCCAACUCAGCACCCCUUGCCCACGUGGAUCAUGCUUCCACCACCCUUUCCAUCCUCUGCUGACGUGGCAGGCGCGGCUGUGUGUGGAGGGGCGGCGGCAGCUGUACGCGUUCUGUGAGGACAGGGGAGUGCUGCACCGCAGGGUCGGCAAGCUGGUGGUUGCCACGUCAGCAGACCAAGUGCCGCAACUGGAGCAGCUUAAGGCGAGUACAGCUGCUCUGCAGUGCUGUCAUGUCCCCACCCACGCGCAGGGCAACGGGGUGGAGGGGCUGCGGAUAGGCAACGGGGUGGAGGGGCUUCAACUGUUGGGUCGUGAGGAGGCAAGGCGGAUGGAGCCCUGGGUGGAGUGCCAUGCUGCGCUGCUGUCGCCACACACAGGCAUCGUGGACUCACAUGCUCUCAUGCUCGCCCUCCAGGGUGAUGCUGUCUCGUCUCACGCCACAGCUCGCCUGUGCUGCCUCACUUGUCUUACUUAUUCCUCUCUCCCUCUCGCCUUCCUCUCUUCCUCUCGGCCUCUCCAUUCUUACCUUCUCUGCGGCACGGCACCAACGGGGCGGGCAGAGGCAGAAGCAGCGGGUGCCGCAGAGGCAGAAGCAGCAGGAGCCGUUUUUGCCUUCAACACAGCAGCAGUUGGCAUUCAGGCCAACCCAGCCGACCGCUUCCCACUCCUCACCACCAUCCGAACCUCCUCCCCUACCACCAGCAGCACCACCACCACAACCAGCACCAGCAGCACCACCAGCACCGCAAGCAUGUUGCUCUCCUCGCGCUACCUAGUGAACGCAGCUGGGCUGGAAGCCGUUCCCCUCGCACACCGCACCCGUCUCAAAAGAGAGGCCCACGUUGAACCCCAACUGCCUCCCCUGAACCCAUCUAAGACGGCUUGCAGCCCCCCCAAUGGCACUGCAUCACUACCUGCCCACCACCUCCCUCCCCUCUACCUCGCUCGCGGGCAUUACUUUGCCCAUGCGGGAGCACCGCCCUUCUCCCGCCUUGUGUAUCCGCUGCCGGAGCCGGGGGGGCUGGGCGUGCAUGCCACCGUGGACCUGGCCGGUCGAGUGCGGUUCGGUCCCGAUGUGCAGUGGUUGCAUGCGGUGCCGCUCUCUGCCCCUCACGGCAUGCCCAUCAGCUACGACUAUUCAGUGGACCCUGCAAGGGCCGAAUCAUUCUACUCGGCGAUCCGCAAGUACUGCCCAUCACUGCAGGCCGGCUCUCUGCAUGCCGACUAUGCUGGCAUCCGACCCAAACUCACCGCCCGGGGGGAACCUGCAGCCGAUUUCCUCAUUCAGGUGAGAUGGGCGGUAAGAGAGGGUGGUAAGAAAGAUGGGCAUCAUUGGAGCCCGCUCUCUGCAUGCCGACUAUGCGGGCAUUCGCCCCAAACUCACCGCCCCGGGGGAACCCGCUGGUGA